AUGCAAAAAUCUCCGAAGACAAGUCCAAAAGUUCCUGCUAAAGUUGGUGCACCGUGCACCAAUAAAUGUCGUGAGCCAUUAUUUUGCAGAAACGGUGAAUGUCAGUGUGUUCAACGAGGAACAACACGCAUAAGCAAUGGAGAAUGUGUCACAAGCUCCAGAGUUGGUGAUCGUUGUUCAAGGCAUUAUGACUGCACGUCACCAUUCUCUGCGUGUUUAAACUCACAAUGUGUUUGCAUCUCUGGCACAAUCCAGCAGGGUUCUCGCUGCGUAGCAGCGGCAAACUGUCCGCUUGGUGGACUUCCAGGACAGCGAUGUGUCAUCAAAACUGAGCCAGCUCUGGCAUUCAAUCUGCCUUCCGAUCAAGAUGAUUGUCCAGCAGGACAGUAUUGUGUAGCCGCUGCCGAUUCACCAGUUGGGCAUUGUUGUCCGGUUGUAUGCCCAUUAGCAACACAUGUGGACACCCAGUACACAUGCGAUCCAAAUGCUACGCAACCUCUAAAGUGUCCGAGUGACACUCAUUUUUGCCACUAUCUUUCAGAUGGUCUCGUCUCUCAAGCUGUUUGUUGUCGCCGACCGUGCAAUGCAUUAGCUCCAAAUGCUCUGUAUGCCAAUAAUCAGUGCAUUCCACGCGGUCAGCUCAAUUCAGCUUGUACAACAAACGCUCAGUGUGGUGGAGGUGAAGGAAUGGAAUGUGUUAAGGGUCAGUGUCAGUGCCUAUCUGGUUUCCAUCCUUCUGUCGAUUCGCUCACACAUCCUGCAAAAAAUCCGUCACAAUCUUGCUCAAGAGAUUGCGAAUCGGAAGCGUUGAGCAAGGAUACGAGCUGUAUGAAGCCUGGCGGUCUCGGAAGUCUUUGUUUCGUACAAAAGCAAUGCCCACAAAAUUCUGGAUGCUAUCGUGGACGAUGCAUGUGCCGAUGUGGAUAUGAGCAAAAGGGUGACAAAUGUGUAGCGCUGCCACCUCCACCCACCACUACUCCUCAACCCAACAUUGCGAUCAUCCCCGGAGUUGCUGUGCCGCGAAGUAACGAUUUAUUCAAGCUUUUCGGACAGAUAUUCGAAUCUGGUGGAAUGCAAAAUCAAUAA